AUGGACGGUCGAAGAUGGGAGCGUCGAGACCCUAGACUCACCAAGAAGCAGAAGUUGUUUCGUAGCGCCGAAGAGGAGCUUGAGUCAAAGCUUGGCUACGAUCUCUUCUCGGAAGGCGACAAGCGCCUUGGUUGGCUACUCACUUUCGCUUCUUCAUCUUGUGAAGAUGAAGACAGCCACAAAGUCUACAGUUGCAUUGAUCUUUAUUUUGUUUCUCAGGAUGGUUCUACUUUUAAGGCAAAGUACAAGUUCCGUCCUUAUUUUUAUGCAGCAACGAAGGACAAAUUGGAAAUGGAUGUUGAGGCAUAUUUGAGGCGACGUUAUGAAAGUCAGAUUGCUGAUGUUGAAAUUGUGGAUAAAGAGGACCUUGAUCUGAAAAAUCAUUUGUCUGGAUUGCACAACUUUUAUUUAAAAAUAUCUUUUGAUACCGUUCAACAACUAAUGGACGUGAAGAGAGAUCUAUUGCGUGUUGUUGAAAGAAACCAGGCAAAGUUUGAUGCUGCAGAAGCAUAUGAGUCCAUACUAACAGGGAAACGAGAGCAAAGACCUCAAGACUUCCUUGAUUGCAUUGUUGAUCUCCGUGAGUAUGAUGUUCCUUACCAUGUCCGCUUUGCCAUUGACAAUGAUGUGAGAUGUGGACAGUGGUAUGAUGUAAGUGUAUCUAGUACUGGUGUUAUGCUUGAGAGGAGGACUGAUCUUUUGCAGCGUGCUGAAGUUCGUGUUUGUGCAUUUGAUAUUGAGACCACAAAGCUUCCUUUGAAAUUUCCAGAUGCAGAAUAUGAUUCCAUAAUGAUGAUAUCAUACAUGCUUGAUGGACAAGGCUACUUGAUUAUAAACAGAGAGUGUGUCGGGGAGGAUAUAGAGGAUUUAGAGUAUACUCCAAAACCAGAAUUUGAAGGGUGUUUCAAGGUGACAAAUGUGACAAAUGAGGUAGAACUUCUUAGGCAAUGGUUUGCUCACAUGCAAGAGGUCAAGCCUGGUAUUUAUGUUACAUACAAUGGUGAUUUUUUUGAUUGGCCAUUCGUUGAAAGAAGAGCAGCUCAUCAUGGGUUUAAAAUGAGUGAUGAGCUAGGAUUUCAAUGCGACAAAAUUCAGGGGGAGUGUCGUGCAAAAUUUGCUUGUCAUUUGGAUUGUUAUGCAUGGGUCAAACGUGAUAGUUAUCUCCCUCAGGGGAGCCAUGGCCUAAAGUAUGUUACAAAGGCAAAGUUGGGCUAUCAACCACUUGAGGUGAAUCCAGAGGAUAUGGUUCGCUUUGCGAAAGAAAAGCCUCAGAUGAUGGCCUCCUAUUCUGUUUCUGAUGCCGUUGCAACUUAUUUCCUGUAUAUGACCUAUGUUCAUCCCUUCAUUUUCUCUCUUGCCACUAUAAUUCCCAUGGCACCGGAUGAGGUUUUGCGCAAAGGUAGUGGGACCCUAUGUGAAAUGCUUCUAAUGGUCCAGGCAUACAAGGCAAAUGUUAUCUGCCCUAACAAGCAUCAAUCUGACUCGGAGAAGUUUUAUAAGAACCACCUUCUUGAGAGCGAAACAUAUAUUGGUGGUCACGUGGAAUGCCUUGAAAGUGGUGUUUUCAGAUCUGACCUUCCAACUAGUUUUAAGCUCGAUCCGGCAGCCUACGAGCAAUUAAUCAAUAACCUUGAUCGAGAUUUGCAAUAUGCUAUAAGGGUAGAGCACAAAACGGAUCUGGAAUCAGUCACCAAUUAUGAAGAAGUGAAGAAUGCUAUAAUGGAAAAGCUUUUGAGGUUGCGAGAUGAGCCUGUACGUGAAGAAUGCCCCCUUAUUUAUCAUCUAGAUGUUGCUGCAAUGUAUCCAAACAUUAUUUUAACAAAUCGGCUCCAGCCACCAUCCAUUGUUACGGACGAGAUCUGCACUGCAUGUGAUUUCAACCGUCCAGGCAAAACUUGUCUCCGAAAGCUUGAAUGGGUUUGGCGUGGAGAGAUAUUUAUGGCAAAGAAAAGUGAUUAUUAUCAUUUGAAGAAGCAAAUUGAGUCUGAGUUUGUUGAUGGCACCAAUGGUCAGUCAUCAAAAUCCUUUCUCGACCUUCCAAAGACGGAGCAACAAUCAAAGCUCAAGGAGCGUCUAAAGAAAUACUGUCAGAAGGCAUAUAAACGUGUACUUGACAAGCCAGUCACUGAACUUCGAGAAGCAGGGAUCUGCAUGCGGGAAAAUUCAUUUUAUGUUGACACUGUUCGCAGCUUUCGUGAUAGAAGAUAUGAAUACAAGAAACUUAAUAAGGUUUGGAAGGGGAAGUUGUCAGAAGCAAAGGCUAGUGGAAAUUCCAUUAAGAUCGUGGAAGCACAGGACAUGGUAGUGCUUUAUGAUUCCUUACAACUUGCUCACAAGUGUAUCCUUAAUUCCUUUUAUGGAUAUGUCAUGCGCAAGGGUGCUAGAUGGUAUUCAAUGGAAAUGGCUGGUGUAGUUACAUAUACUGGUGCAAAAAUCAUUCAAAAUGCUCGCUUGCUUAUUGAAAAAAUUGGAAAACCACUUGAAUUAGACACAGAUGGUAUCUGGUGUGUACUUCCUGGAUCCUUUCCAGAGAAUUUUACUUUCAAAACAAAAGACUUGAAGAAACUGACAAUCUCAUAUCCAUGUGUAAUGCUUAAUGUUGAUGUUGCAAGAAACAAUACAAACGACCAAUACCAGACACUUGUAGAUGCUGUCAACAAAACCUAUGAAACUCAUAGUGAAUGCUCAAUUGAGUUUGAAGUGGAUGGGCCAUACAAGGCAAUGAUUCUUCCUGCCUCUAAGGAAGAGGGAAUUUUAAUUAAAAAGCGAUAUGCUGUUUUUAAUCACGAUGGAACCCUUGCGGAGCUAAAAGGUUUUGAAGUAAAGCGUAGAGGGGAGCUGAAGCUCAUUAAAGUUUUCCAGGGUGAACUUUUUGAUAAGUUCCUUCAUGGGUCAACCUUAGAGGAGUGCUACUUCGCUGUUGCUGCUGUGGCGAACCGGUGGCUUGAUCUUCUUGAUAAUCAAGGAAAAGAUAUCGCAGAUUGUGAGUUGCUGGACUACAUAUCAGAAUCAAGCACAAUGAGCAAGUCUUUGGCAGAAUAUGGUGAACAAAAGUCGUGUGCAGUGACCACAGCAAAGCGUCUUUCUGAUUUUCUGGGUGAUACAAUGGUUAAAGAUAAAGGACUCCUUUGCCACUAUAUAGUUGCAUUUGAACCAAGGGGAACACCUGUUAGUGAGCGUGCUGUUCCUGUUGCAAUAUUUGAAACUAAUCCCGAAAUAAUGAAAUAUUAUUUACGCAAGUGGUGCAAAACUUCAUCAGACGUUGGCAUUCGAUCCAUUGUUGACUGGUCUUAUUACAAACAACGGCUUAGCUCAGCAGUUCAAAAAAUUAUUACUAUUCCUGCUGCAAUGCAGAAGGUUGCAAAUCCUGUUCCUAGGGUUAUUCAUCCUGAUUGGUUGCACAAAAAGGUUCGUGAGAAGGAAGAUAAAUUUCGUCAAAGGAAAUUAGUUGACAUUUUCAGUGCAUUCAACAAAGAUGAUUUGUUAAUGAAGACUGGUGAUGCUUUUACCAAUAAUCAUGUGAUGGAUGAGAAUGUUGAAGAUCUGGAAGACUUUCGAAACAAGAGUAGUUCAGUAAAGGAAUGUAGGCCAAUUGUCCGUUAUUAUGAAGUCAAUAAUGAACAACAGGCAGUCAAGACCAAUGGGGAAAUAUAUGCCUUGCAACAAAAAACUGAUCCUAGUGAAAAUUUGCUUAAGCAGUCCUCAUCAUUGCAACACAAUAAUGAAAACAUUGACAGAAAUGUAGAUUACCAAGGAUGGCUUGAAUCAAAGAAGAGAAAAUGGAGAGAUAAUUUGGACAGGAGGAAGAGGCAAAGGUUGGGCAGUCUAAGGACCUCACACCAUGCCAAUGGUGUUUCUGAGCGACUAGGUGGUGUGACAAACCGUAAAGAGGUUCAGGACAGAACUGGUGUUGGUUCAUAUUUUAGGAGGCAUGAAGUAACCCUAACACAGGGCCAUUGGCAGAUUAUACAACUAGUUCCAAGUUCAGAGAAUGGUGUACUUUUCGCUUGGGUUGUUGUUGAAGGAAUCAUGUUUAAGAUUCCUAUAAACAUUCAACGGGUAUUUUAUCUUAACUCCAAAGAGUCCAUUACAGAAAAGUUUCCUGGAAGGUGCGUCAACAAGGCUCUUCCUCAUGGAAAGCAUAGCCAUAACCUAAUUGAGGUUAUGAUUCAUGAAGAUCUAUUUAGGAAAGAGAGCAAAAAGCUUGCUGCCCUCCUUGCAGAUCCAGAAGUUGAGGGGAUAUAUGAAACAAAGGUGCCACCAGAGUUUAAUGCUAUCCUCCAGAUUGGUUGUGUAUGUAAAGCGGAUAAAUCGACUAGGAAACGAAAUUCCCAGGAUGGUUGGAGCCUGAAUGAGCUGCACAUGAAGACUACAACAGAAUGUUCUUAUCUGGAGCAUUCGGUCUCUUUCUUUUACUUGUAUCAUAGCAUAUCUGAAGGACGUGCUAUAUAUGUUGGAUAUUUUCCUACAUCAAGAACAGUAACAGUUGUGGUGGUUAGUCCUCAUCAACAUAGAGAAUUAUCACCUUCCAUCCUUGAAAAACAAUUCCGUGAAGCAUGCCGAACUUUGUCCACUGAAUUGCCUCCUGGGGAUCGUAUUGUGUUCAAGGUGGAUUACGUGGGAUCUGUCAAGGAUGCUGAAAAGAUUUUACAAAGAGCAAUAAGUGAAAACAGACAUGAACAUUAUGGACCUACGAUUGCAGUUAUUGAAUGCCCAAACUCUCAAUUAUUGAGGUCAGGUAUACGAGUUCUUGAUGAUUUCCCUUGUGUGAGCAUUCCUGCUAAUGCUCGUGAUAGUCAAUAUCAGGUUCUUGGUUGGCAACAAAAUGCUGCGAAAAUUGGAAUGCAUCGUUGUGCUGCAUCAGCUCAGUGGUUUAAUGAAAGAAUUUCUCUUGCAAAAUAUGCUCAUGUACCAUUGGGAAAUUUUGAACCUGACUGGCUUAUGUUUACUGCUGAUGUCUUCUUUUCCAGAGCAUUACGUGAUCAGCAGCAGGUACUUUGGAUAUCAGAUGAUGGCAUUCCAGAUUUAGGAGGCACUACUGAAGAAGAUACGUGUUUUGCUGAUGAGGUCCAUCAACCUACUCUAACAUAUCCUGGAGCAUAUAGAAAAGUUGCUGUGGAACUGAAGAUUCAUCAUCUAUCAGUCAAUGCACUUUUGAAAAGCAACCAAGUGAAUGAAAUGGAAGGAGGUGGUUGGUUAGGAUUUGACCAGGAUAUGAAUUUGAGAUCUCAUACUGAUAAUGGACAGUGUGGGUUUGAUGAGAGUACUGCAUCUGCCCCAGCACUUCGUGUCCUGAAACAACUUAUCCAGAGGUGCCUUACAGAUGCCGUUACUUCAGGAAAUGUGUUUGCUGAUGCCAUAUUGCAACAUCUAUAUCGUUGGCUUUGCAGCCCCCAUUCAAAACUUCAUGAUCCAGUGCUUCAUCGCAUUCUUCACAAGGUCAUGCAAAAGGUGUUUGCGCUGCUGUUGGCUGAGUUUCGCAAAUUAGGUGCCACAAUAAUAUUCGCAAACUUCUCAAAGGUCAUUAUAGACACUGGAAAAUUCGAUCUAUCUGCAUCUAAAGCUUACUGUGAUAGCUUGCUGAAAGCUCUGCAAACUAGAGAACUAUUUGAGUGGAUUGAGCUUGAACCAGUGCACUUCUGGCAUUCCUUGCUUUUUAUGGACCAGUAUAACUAUGGUGGAAUCCCUGCUCGAACUGAUGAAAUUGUUGAUGAUAACUCACAAGUGGAUAUUGUAUCAAGCUGGAAUAUUGCUGAAUUUUUACCCAAGGACAUUCAAGAUCAUUUUGUUCUAGUUGUCUCUGAGUUUAUGUACAUCCCUUGGAAAUAUGCACAAAAGCAAGCUGUAAGUAGAGCAUCUUUGCGGGAUGGCAACUUAUGCACUCCAUCAAUCACUGUUGCAGCUGCAGAGACCUUUGAGUCGCACAUGGCGGAAUAUCUGAAAGGCGAGAUCAGCUCUUAUUUCACAGGCAAAAUUCUCGGGAUUGUUCGUGAUAGUAUUCAUCAUAUGAAGAGGAUAAACAGAUCUGAGAGUGAUAAACAAAAUUCACACGAGGUUCUGCAACCUGCUGGUAGUAUCCACAAAGUUGAUGCUGCUUUGGAGUUCAUUAAGCAUGUCUGUGCUGUUUUUUCCCUCGACCAAAGUGUUCAGCAUGAUGUUCUGGUGAUGAGAAAGAAUCUUUUAAAAUAUGUGCGUGUGAAGGAGUUUGCUCCAGAAGCUCAGUUUCGUGAUCCCUGCCCUUCCUUCAUCUUACCAAAUGUGAUUUGCAGCUAUUGCAAUGACUGUAGAGACUUGGAUUUGUGUCGUGACUUGGCUUUACAGGCUCAGGAGUGGCGUUGUGCCAUGCCGCAGUGUGGCCAGCCUUAUGAUCAUGAGGUGAUGGAGAAUGCUCUUCUCCAAAUUGUACGACAGAGAGAGCGGCUCUACCAUCUGCAGGAUCUGGUAUGCAUGAGGUGCAACCAGGUGAAAGCUGCACAUUUAGCAGAACAAUGUGCAUGUGCUGGCUCAUUUAGGUGCAAGGAAGAUGUGUCUGAUUUCCGUAGCAAAAUGCAGAUCUUCUUAAGCAUAGCUAUUCGUCAGAAGUUUCAACUCCUUCAAGAAUGUACCUCGUGGAUUUUGGAAGUUUGAUAGCUAUAAACCUUUGCUCUUGGUAAUCAUGAAUCCUAUUUUCUUGAGUACAUAUUACAACCGUCCCUUACCUGUCCUAGAAUUCCAUCUGGAAUUCCGGAUUAACAUAAGAGUGUAGCACUGCACAGAAGAUUGGGGACCAUGCAACGGAAGCUGCCGUUAACGGUUCUGAAACAUUGGAAAAGCUCAUAUUCAGGGAGGUGGUAAAAAGCAUGGAAAUGGAUCAAACCCAAAAAGAAAGCAACCAAAGGUUUUGAAUCAGAGUGAACCUCUUCCCGUUUAUGCUGACAUGAGUUGCCAUUGAAGGCAACCAAUCAAGGGAACUUAUUGACAGGUCAGGAUCUCUAGGUUUUCAAUCACAAGGUUUCUAUAUCCUUUCACCUUGUCUGUGGUAAGAAAUGGAGAGCUGAUAUAUAUUACGUUUUAAACUGUAUGAUUGCACGUAUAUUUUCUAUUUGUUCAUAAAAUGUAAUAUAUAGUGAAUGGUGUAUAUAAUAUUAUAAUUCUAUCUAUUUUUUUUUUCCCGAA